AAUCGAGGCGAUCCCUGGUAUCGACCUCUGACUUCACUUGUCUUCUUACCACCACGUCCACAUCGACGCGUUAUUCGUCGCCUACCGCUUCGUUUACGUGCCUACAGCACCUAAGUCAUCUGGACGUCGCCUGGAUCUGACGACUAUUGCUGGCUUGGCAUGCCUUUGAGCCUCGUCGUCAAUGCUUAUUCGACUCCUGGGGCCUGCUAGAAAAGUCACUGCAAAGAGUGGGGCAUCGUUAGUCCGGAAAUACCAUGAUUACUUCCGAGCUGCCACCCCAGGUGGUGUUAUUCGUAUCCCUCUGGGCUCCCCCAAGGUAAUCGGAGUCGCUUCUUCCAGAGGGACAAGAAGUCAUCAAGAGGAUUUCUAUUCGUUCGCUACAUUGACUCUCGAUCCAGAAGAGCUUCGUUCAAGCCUCAAAAGGUUCCAGAAAGUUGAUUGGGAUCCGAACACGAUAGGGAAACCAUUUAACAGUCAAAUUGCUUUCAUUGGCAUUUAUGAUGGUCAUGGUGGAUCUGCGGUUUCCCAGUAUCUCCGUCAAGAGCUUCACGGAUUAUUUGAAUCAGUCAAGAAGUCGGACAUUCCCGAACUAUAUGCCUGGAUCCAUGAACUAGGUGGCUAUUUUAAACGAUUCAAGGGAGGCGCUCUUCAGCCAUGGAUUCACGACCCCAAUAAUCCUCAUGUUUAUGACCUUGAGGCUCGCGCCACACAGGCUUUUUUUGAAGUCGAUCGCAAUAUGUCUAUCGGUGAAGUAGCGCAAACAUGCGGUGCCACUGCUUCAGUUGCUCUUCUUCAGUCUCUUGAUGUCACGGCCACGGCUCCAUUCUCUGCAAAAACAGUCGCCCUAACAGUCGCUCACUGCGGGGACACGCGGAUACUACUCUGUUCCACAGACAGUGCCAAGGUGUUCCGAAUGACUGAUAAGCAUCAUGCAGAUGCUAGGGUUGAAUCUAUACGUCUUCGACGCAUGAUGGGCUCGUCUUUGAUCACGGACUCAUUUGGAGAGUCACGAUGGAUGGGUGCUCUUGAAAACACACGCGGAUUGGGUGAUUUACAAUUCAAGAAAUUCGGUGUUACUCCGGAACCAGAAAUCAGAACGAAGCUCUUGGAAGGAAACAAAUGGGCUUACAUGGUUCUUGUUUCAGAUGGCGUUUCGUCGAUACUUUCAGACGAUGAAGUUGCGGAUUUGGCAAGGGGCUCUCCAGACCCAAAGACCGCCGCUGAGCGUAUUUUGGCAUUCGUGGAAGAAUUAGGCGGCGAGGACAAUGCUACGGCACUUGUAGUUCCUUUGGCAGGAUGGGGCAAGAUCACUGGGCCAGACAGAACCAAAUCUCUUCGAGAGUAUAGAAGGGAGCAGGCCAUUGGAAGUGAACGUCAUAGAAAAAUGUAACUCGCGCUGUUACCUUGCUCUGGCAUUUUCUUUAGUUAGACCUGUAGCCGGUCACCUUUGGUAUCAAGCUAGCGAUAUCCACGACAUAGACGAUACGUCGUCGAAAAAGUCUUUCGCCAGGUGCAGAAACCCGUCAUACAACAUUUUUGUUUAGCUAAAAUGAUACAAAUUGUUGCUCCGAUGUUGUGCGCAUUAGCCGUUACAGAGUAUAGAUAGCGCUUUGACUGGUGACCGUCCUUUUAGCCAGCCUUGUCUUAAAAGCAAGAUAGUUUGCAGUGCAGGAAGCAUGCCAAUUGUUAGCUGAGCUUUCUAUCAGGGUCACGUCGUACGCUUGUCUUUUGG